UCUUGUUGCAGAUAGAAUGUUGGUCCUGUUUGAGACCCCGGCGGGGUACGCUAUAUUCAAACUCCUAGACGAGAAGAAGUUACAACAGUCGGACAAUCUUUACGAAGAUUUUGAGACUGUUGACUCGGCUAAGAAUGUUGUUAAACUGAAAAAAUUUCAAAAAUUUGAGGACACCACGGAGGCCUUGGCCGCCACGACAGCGGCUGUCGAGGGUAAAAUGUCGAAAUCCUUGAAGAAAAUGUUGAAAAAAAUUAUUGCUGAGGAUGCCCAUGAGAGCUUAGCUGUUGCCGACGCUAAACUCGGGAACUCUAUCCAGGAUAAGAUGAACCUAAACUGUGUGUUCGACAGUAAAGUGAGUGAACUUAUGCGUUGCAUUCGUUCACAGGCAUCUGGACUCAUCACAGGUGUUGCUGAUAAAGAUAUGGCCGCCAUGGAGCUUGGUUUGGCUCAUUCCCUCUCCCGGUACAAGCUAAAGUUCUCCCCCGACAAGAUCGACACCAUGAUUGUCCAGGCUGUGAAUUUGUUGGACGAUUUGGACAAAGAGCUGAACAAUUAUAUUAUGCGCUGUCGAGAAUGGUAUGGAUGGCAUUUCCCCGAGAUGGGAAAGAUUAUCACAGAUAACCUGGCCUAUGUGAGGACCGUUGAGCUCAUGGGAAUGCGCGAGAACGCCAAAAGUAUAGAUUUAUCAGACGUACUUCCUGAAGAGGUUGAAGAGAAGGUGAAGGAAGCUGCUGAGAUCUCCAUGGGUACUGAGAUAUCUGAAGAAGAUAUCACUAAUAUAAAGCAUUUAUGUGAGCAGGUUGUCGAAAUCCAGAACUAUCGGGCUCAGUUGUAUGAUUAUCUGAAGAACAGAAUGAUGGCUAUUGCACCCAACCUAACUAUCCUUGUUGGAGAACUGGUUGGCGCCCGUCUUAUAUCUCACGCUGGUAGCUUGAUCAACCUGGCCAAGCAUCCCGCCAGUACUGUACAGAUUCUUGGAGCUGAGAAAGCGUUGUUUAAGGCUCUGAAGACUAAGCAUGACACGCCCAAGUAUGGUUUAAUCUACCACGCCCAGCUUGUUGGUUCAGCUAGUACUAAACUCAAGGGUAAAGUCAGCAGGAUGUUAGCUGCCAAAGCUUCUCUAGCUUGCAGGGUUGAUGCUCUGGGUGAUGAGUCUACUACUGAUCUGGGUAUGGAGCAUAGAGCUAAGGUUGAGAGUAGGAUCCGUCAGCUAGAGAGCGGAAAUACAACCAGGAUCUCGGGAACUGCCAGACAAUCAGCUAAAUUCGACAAGUAUGAGAAUAAAAGCGAGGUGUUGGCCUACAAGGCAGCAGCUGAUGUCACCCUUCCCAGGAAGAGAGAGGUUGAGGAUGAAGAUGAGGAACAGAAACCUAAACCCAAGAAAAUUAAGGUGGAAGACGUCGAGGCUGAACCAGAGAAGAAGAAAAAGAAGAAGAAAGACAAGGAGCGGGAGAAGGAAGAACCCGACAUGGAAGUUGAGGUUAAGGAAGAGGAGGGAGAGAAGAAAAAGAAAAAGAAGAAGAAAUCUAAAACCGAAGGCGAUGAAUAAAUUUGAUGUCCUUGUAUUAAAGAACUUUCUGGAAGAAAUCAUGGUUGAAUUUGUAUUCAUUGUGAAUAUAUAUUUUAACUAUUUUGUUACUGUACCUCUACUCUUAUCCAAGGAUAAUGUUAUGAAUAAAGUAUUUUUUUCUUAUUCUUAAA